AUGGAGGAAACCCCUACUAAUUCUCAAUUAGAGCAACAAGUUGCACAGGCAUGGCAAAGCGGAGCAGAUAUCGUUAAGAUUGCUGUGACGUUGCAAUCACCGCAAGAUGUGGUGCGAUUAACCCAGUUUGCUCUAAAUCAUUAUUCUGAGCAUUCCGUUCGUGCCAUUGUGGUUGAUGCAAGUCAUGGCCAAGAAAUGGCGCAAUCUGUUUUUGCUUAUCCGCGUUGGGCAAAGCAGCUGUAUUGUGAUGCUGUUAACCACCAGUUUCGGCAGCAUCCCUUAGAUUAUCUUGAAGGUUUAACACACUGCAUUCGUGAUUGUGUAGAACAGAUGGGCCCAGAAAAAGCAAGUCGUAUCAAGGGUUUGUCGAUUGAUACAACAGGCUCCACACCUGUUGCUGUGGAUGAAUCAGGCACACCGCUUGCUUUACUCGAACCUUUUGCCGACAAUCCUCAUGCGAUGUUUGUGUUGUGGAAGGAUCAUACGGCGACACAAGAAGCUGCGCAAAUCAACGAACUUGCCGCCAAAACGACACCCAAUUAUUUACAGUUUGUUGGCGCGUUAAAUGUGCCAGAUGCUCAUCGUUAUCUUGAUGAAAUGAUUCCGACUUUAUCUAAAGCUGCUAGUCAAAUUGAAUUUGAUGAACACGAUGAAUUGGCUGUGGACUGGUUGAAUGGUCGUCGAACACCUUAUGCAAACCAAGCCCUAACG